ACUCAGAGUACGAGCUGUGAACGCGCUGAAGGCUUUAUGACACGCUGGGUCACAAAAAAAAAGUCGUCAGGGGCGGAUUGAAAACGAUGGGACAAAGUAACAGUUAGUGGAUUAUUGUUUUACCGAGUAGAGGAGUCAACCAUAGCUGUAAACCUUCCCCUUUUGGAGCUCUGAAUGAUACACAACUUGAGGAACUGAAUCGAGAUUGUGCUCUCAAGUUGCUGCGUUGUUCUUGAGACUUCUGGCAGAGAUGGGUAAUGGCAUAAACAAGGUCCUGCCUGAUCUGUAUCUUGGAAAUCUCAAAGAUGCACGAGACAGGGAGCUGCUGGCACAGAACAACAUCACCCACAUCCUGUCCAUCCAUGACACAGCCGCACCAGUCCUGGAGGACAUGACGUAUCUGUGUAUACCUGCUGCCGACCACUCCAAGCAAAACCUUAUUCAGUUCUUCAGAGACAGCAUCAUGUUUAUUCACGAAUCUCGACUGAAAGGAGAGGGCUGCCUCGUCCACUGUGUUGCAGGCGUGUCCCGCAGUGUGACCCUGGUGGUGGCUUACAUCAUGACCGUGACGGGGCGGGGCUGGGUCGAGUCUCUGGCGGCGGUGAGGGCGGCCCGGCCGUGUGCGGGGCCAAACCUGGGCUUCCUGCGGCAGCUGGAGGAGUUUGAAAACACCGAGCUGACAGACUAUCGGGACUGGUGGAAGGAGCGAUACGGGAAGGUGUCGUUCAACGAUGGCGAGGAGGUGGAAAAACUUUUAACUAAGAAAUCUGAAGGCAGCAGCAGCAGCAUAACGACCAGCAUCACUCCUGCACUGAGCACGAGGAUCACCUGAGUUAUAAGAGGAGAGAGAGGCGUCCGUCAUUCUCGUAUUUUAUGAACACUUGGGGACUGUGAGCUUCUGCUUGGACUCUCAUCGUCGAUUCUUCAGCAGGAACACUGUCUGUACCAAAAUUGCACGCAGGACAGUCAUGUGAGUGAGGGGGAUUUUUGUGUCAUUGUCUCAGUCCCCCCCCCCCCCCCUUCCCUUCAUCAAAUGGUGUCUUUGCUUCUAACUGUCAAAACAACAUGCAAGGGCAGUCAAGCCUGACGCCAGAGAAACAUGUACAUACAGUACAUUUAUCAGUGAGCUCCCCCCUGUGUGAGUUCUGUUAUGCUGUGUCCUCCACUUUAAAUAUGAGUAUAUGACUUUCUAGACAGCUGAAGAGCACUGUAUCAUCCAGUCACACAGUGUCUGCAGCAGCUUUUAUUUAUUUAAUCACACUGUAGUUGUAUUCCUUCAUGAAGGUUUGUUUUUGUUUCAUUAAAGUCUAGAUUGUCCAAAAAUGACUUUCAGUUAUGUUAUUAUAAAACCGGGUUGGCAGUAUAAAAGUGUGUAUUCUUUUUUUAAUGUGAAUGUCAUGUGUGUGUGUGUGAAGAACAGGGAAGUCUGCCGUCAAUUAUUACAAACUGUGAAACACAUCAUUCAUUUAAAAAUCAUCAUCAGACAAUGGAGUAUGUGACCAUCAGUGGUGCAGUGGUGUCUGAAGAAGUGGGUAUUCUCUUAAUUUUCCCCCAAAAAUAUUUUUUAAGCGGCCCGUCCAGCCGAGGCUGAACGGCCUCUGUGAUAAACAGUGACAUUUAUUGGAGUUUCCACCGUCACAAGUUGGGAAUGGUACCAAAAUAAGGUAUCCGUACCGUCCUACUUUUUUGGUUCCCUUCUGUUGGGAUGCAAAGGGUACCGAUCCGACCCGAAAGCUUCCCUUGUUUACUGUGUCCCUGUUCUUCUUGAACGCUGAACUUAAUUAAUAGCGGGCUACACUGUGUUGGGCUGCUAUGAUGUCACACUAUUACAUAGCUGAUGCGGCUAUCUUCAUCUGGCUUACACUCUGUUUAGCAAAUAAGGGUACGGUUGGCUGUGGAAAUGCAAGCAAGUUCAGGAUUUACCGUACCAAACCAAAGUGUACUGAACCAAACCGGACCGCUUGGUGGAAACGGGUAGAACCGCCCCAUGUACGACCUCGGAGAUGCAGACCUCUGCUGGACGUCCAUUAUUGCCCUUUGUUUAAUGUGUCACAUUCUUCUUCUCUGAUGAAUUUGUUGGCGGUAUUACACUAUGUCGCGCUGCUGUGAUGUAGUGAUGUGUAAAGGUACGGUUGGCCGUGGAAAUGCAAGCAAGAUCAGGGUUUACCGUAUCGAACUGGACACAACCAAACUGGAACGCUUGGGGGAAAUGGGGAAAUGAAGACUUCUCUUGCAUAUUUAGUUCGUCGACUUUAGGGAGGGUUGCUGUUAAAUUAAAAUAAGCCACAGAAGAGGAGUCGAUUUGAUAAUUUUAACUGGACAACUAACCAAAGGCUGAGACACAUAGUGAUGCAUUUACAAUGAACUACUCUUUAGAGGACUCAG